CUCCCGUACUGGGUUUCCUCUAACUGCUCGCAGUCGUUCCAUCUCUCCGUGCUUGGUUUUCGUAGGAGCUUGGAACUCCUGCUCCAGUGGCAGUCAAGGGCUGAAGGUUGAGCUUUUAGCAGAGAGCCCUAGCUGUUGAGUUGGCUUCCCUGUGCGAUGGACCUUUUCUCCUGUCGCUGCGGUCCCCCCCUUCUCGCCCCAGUGUCCCCAUACCCCCCACCCAAGACUCUGGUGUCGGGGACCGUUUCCUCCCGCUCCUGCUCUCCCAGGCGCUACAGGGAGCGCUUUUGGCCCCCAACGUUCUACGGGGCCGUUAACAGUCUCUGAGCAGAAGUCGCUGGAGCAAACGGCUGCCGGGGCGGCCUCUCCCCCGCGGCAGCAGCGCAGCCCGGCGCGGCACCCUCAGCGAGAAGCGAGAAGGGAAUCGCUGCCACAGAGCGGCCCCGAGCGAGCCCGGCCUGUCAGGCGGCGGAGCCCCGCGGGCGGCGGGCCCGGCUGGCGAGCGGGGGCAUGGCGGCGCGGAGCCAGGCCUCCCUGCGGCGCCGGCUGCAGAGCUCGCAGGAGGCGCAGCAACGCCAAGCGGUGCUGGUGCGGAAGCUGCAGGCGAAGGUACUGCAGUACCGGACUCGGUGUCGAGAGUUGGAGCAGCAAGUGCAAGCAGGAGGGGGAUCCCUUCCAGGCAGGUGGGAAGCCAGAGAAGCCCGCGACCGGGAGAAAGCACUGCUUCAGUUGGAAGAGGAGCAUCAAAGGUGUGAGACUCUGGCCGAAGUGAACGCUGUCCUGCAGGAGCACCUAGGUAAAGCGACUGAGGUUAAUUCAGCCCUCAAGGAAGAUGUUGGGAAACUGACGGCGGAUUGGAUGAGGGCCCGGGAGGAGCUGGAAUUGAAGGCGAGCGAACGGCGCAAUGAACGUGAGCUUUAUGACAGCUACUUAAAGGGUGAACGUAACCGCCUACUCAGCCUGUGGCGUCAGGUGGUGACCUUCCGCCGUCACUUCCUGGAGAUGAAGACUGCCACUGACCGAGAUUUGUCAGAGCUGAAGGCCGAGCAAAUGAGGCUUUCUGGAUCUAUACUUGUAAACUGCUCCCGCCUAAACUCCGGCAUGCAGCGCUGGGAGUCCGUCCCUCUGGGUAGACCUGUCCUAAAGGAUCAGGCGCAGCAGCAAGCGGACCAGGAAAGAAGCCAGAGGACUUGGGAAGUGAUGUGCUUACAAGCCAAGGGGGACCCGGAGAAGGAGGAGCUUCAGGACAGACUGAAGGACUUAGCUGCACUUGAAGGAAAACAGUCAUUAUCACAGAGUGAGUUGGUAGUCGCGAGAGAGACACUGGAGGAAUGGCGUCUUCAGAGGGAUCUGCUGAAGCGCGAGAAACAGGAGCUUACAAUGGCCCUGGAAAAGGCAGAGCAGUCAGUAGCAGAGUUGACAGGGGCUCUGAAUAAGCUGCGUGCUGAAGUAGCUGAUCUACAUGUUGGAGCCGCGAAGCUGGAGCAAGAGCACGAUCUUCUGUCAGGUAAAGUGGCCGAGAUGGAGAGAGCAAAGAUCUCUGACCAGGAGAGGCUGAACCUGUGUGAAAGAACAAACGAAGAGCUCUGCGCAGAGAAAGCCCGCCUGGAGCAGCUGCUGAAGAAAGCAGAGGAGCACCAGGAGGGGCUGCAGGCAGAGCUGAGGAUGCUGGCAGAGGAGAAGGCAGAAACCCAAGAUAAACUCAAUGAGGUUUACCGCCAGCAAGAGUCAUCUAGCAGUGGUCUGGAGCAGUUGCGCCAGGAGUCCUCUCGCCAAGGGCAUGCACUGGCCAGGGUGUCCAAAGAGAAGGAGUUGCUGGUGCGUGAGAAGGCUGCCCUAGAGGUGCGACUGGCAGCCGUGGAGCGGGACAGACAAGGCCUUUCAGAGCAGCUGGCAGAGGCCAGGUCAGUGAAGGAGACCCUGGAAUCCAGCCUGUUUGAGGCUCAGCAGCACUCAUCUCAGCUGGAGAUCUCCCGGCAUCAGCUUGAAAUCCAGCUUCACGCAGUCGCGCAGGCCAAGGAGGUGAUCCAAGGGGAAGUGAAGUGCCUUCAAUGUGAGCUGGAAGCGGAGAGAUCUCUAAGGAGGCAGGAACGGGAGCACAUGGCACAACGGCUCUUGCAGACAGAACGGCAGUAUGAGGCUGCCCUCAGACUUCGGCAAACUGAUCAUGAAGCGGAAAUGAACAAGCUCCUGCAAGACCUGGCAAGCGAGUGGGAAGGGCACCAUUCAGAGCUAGAGGAGAUGCUGGAGCGAUGGGAAAAGGAGAAGGCAGAGACAGAAAGGGAGCACGAGAAGAAGCUGUUUGAUAUGAAGCAGAAAGUUGCCACCAUGCAAGCUCAACAAGAGGAGGAACGAACGAGAGUUGAAAAUGCCAAGCAAGAGGCCCCGCCAGAACAGGAGCGUGAGAAGAAGAAUGCUUUCCUAGAGACGCUGCUCCAAACUCGGGGAGAGCUAAGAGAAGCCUGCCAGCAGCUGGAGCAGCUCAGGCAGGAGGUGGAAGAGCGGCGAGAGAAUGGGCAGAACAUCACGGAAAAGCUGCAGGCAGAACUGCAGGAAAGUCAGAGUAAGAUCAAGGCCGUGGAGAAUAGGCACAAGGAAGAAAUGCAAACCGUCACAGAGGAAAUGAACAGCCUUCUUCAGCAGAGGGAUGCUCUACAAAAACAGGUGACUGAAACGGCCAUAGCUACUCCGGUCAUCAAACAGGUUUUACUUGUGGUGGAAGAGUUGACAUCUCAGCUAGCAGCCUCCGAAGAGUCUCUAAAGGAGGAGGCCAUGCGUCUGCAGCAAGAGGUGGCGUCUUUGGAGAGGAAACUCGAGAGCACUGAGAAGCAAAGGAAGGAUGUCCUGCAUGAACGGGACAGGCUGCAAGCAGUUAAAGAAAAACUGGUACGAGAGAUGAAACUUCUUCAGGAAUCAGCCACAGCCUCUGAGACCCGAGCAAAUACAGCAACGGAUACGAAUCACUGCCUUGAACAAGAACUUCAGACUGCAUUGUCUGUCUUGAAAAUGAAAACCGAGGAAGUGGAAACGCAGUGGGAGAAAAUGCAGACGCUCCAGAAAGACGCGGCACAGGGAAAAGCUUUGCAGGAGACUCUCCCUCAUCUGACUGCCAUCCUGUCAGAGAGGGAGGGAGAAAUGAAGUUGUACCAGGAAGAGGUGAGAACGCCGGAAGACCAGCAAGCAAUGCAGAAAACUACUCUCGAUCAGGUUAUUAAGGACAUAACAGAGAAAAACCAGAAGAUGGAAUCCCAGCAAGAACGGAUACGGGACCUGGAGAAGCAGCAAGAAAAACAAAGGAUUGCUGUCAGCAAGAUGAGCAAAGAGCUGGAAGAGAGAGGCCUGGAGAUCAGAUCCCAGCAAGAACGGAUACGGGAGCUAGAGAAGCAGCGAGAAAUGCAGAGGACUGCUGUCAGCAAGAUGAGCAAAGAGCUGGAGGAGAGAGACCGGGAGAUCAAAUUCCAGGAGGGGAAAAUAGCGAUUCUAGAACAAGACGGUGCAUCACAAGUGAGAAAUCUGCGGGUGGAUCUUGAUCAUCUGAAAGGAACCUUGGAGGAGAGAAACUUGGAGCUUAUGUCUCUGACUCAGCAGAUCCAAGAACUGGAAAGGGAGAGAGAACAGGUGAAAUCUCUGCACGCAAGCCUCGAACACCUGAGGGCCGCUCUUAAGGACAGAGAGAGCGAGUGUGAUUCUCAAAGGCAUCAGUUAAGACUCUUGCAGCAGUACAAGGAGCAGCAAGAGGGGUACCUGCAAGAGCUUCACGGUAAAGUAGAAAAGAUGACACUUGCUUUGUCUCAAAAAGAUCAAGAGCUUGAGUCACAAGAAAAGCAAAUCCAGGAAGCUGAAGAAGUCACGGAAAUGCAGUUAAGGACUGUCCGUGACCAACUGGAGCAGGCCUUAGAAGCCUUAAAAGAAAAGGACAGACUCAUAGACACCCAAAAGCAACAAACAAGGAGCUACGAGGGAAAACCAGGAGAACAGCUGAAGGUCUUACGCAGAGACUUAGAAGACGCUACGGCAAUACUGAAAGAAAAGCAUUUCAUGGUUGAAUCUCAGAAGGAACGGAUUGCGACCUUCCAAAAAGCAGAACAAGACUCUGGAGAGCAGAAGGAAAUUCUGCAGCAUCUGGAAGCGGCCCUAAAGGAGAAAGAGCAAGAAAUUGUAUCCCUUAGAAAGCCAUGUGAGGCACGCAAGGAACAGGAGGAAAAGCACGGAGCUGAGCAAACAAAUCUUCAAGGGACAAAACUGACUCUGAAAGAAGAGAGAGAAAGAAAGAUAGGGGUUCUGGAGGAGGCUACCUCUAGGCUUGAGACCAAGGCUCAAGGUGAGCAAAAAGAGUUAGAAGAGGAAAUAAGAGCUCUUUGGGAAGAUCUCCAGCACGUUCAGCAGACUCUGGCAAGGAAGGAUGAAGAGAUCGAGUACCAGAGAGACAGAGUCAGGUAUUUCGAGAAGACUCUGUCAGGGAGAGAACAAGAGCUUAGGCGGCAGAGCGAACUCCUGAAACAAUUAACGUCAGCUUUGCGAUGGAAAGAUGAGGGGGAGACCCUACAGAAACAAAUCCAGAAACUCCAGAAAUGGGAGGAAGAGGAAGCCGAGAAGAGGAGGGUUCUCCAGGAGAGAGACCGUUCCUUGCAAAGGCAGAAGGAGCUAACCCAACAACUGGAAGAUGAGCGGAAAGCAAAGGGGGAAGAAUUGGAGCGUGCGAUUGCUAUCUGGAAGCAGACUGAAAGCGGAGAAGUCAAAUGGAAAGAGAAGGCACAAGCACUGACUCUUGCCCUGACCAAGAGUGAAAUGGCCAAUGGGACUCUGAGGGGAGAAAUAGCCGUCCUGCAGAGUAUGGUUUCAGAGAGGGACACGGACUGGUUUCAUCACGAGCAGGCUACUGCAGAAGGGGAGCAGCUCUCCUGGCUCUCGGAGAAGAGACUCCUGUCGCAGCGGCUGGAACGUCUGCAGCGAGCAGUUGCAAAGCUGCAACUCGAGAAGACGGAGCUGAAGCAACUCAACGCUGAGCUCAGGAGGACUCUUGAGCAGGUGGAAUGGGAGCGGAGGAGACUGAAGAGAUAUUGUAGAGGUCGGUCGCUGCCAGAUGCGUGCGGCUUUUCUCUCUCUGACCAGCACAAGGUGCCUGCUUCUCGACAGGAGGAGUCUCACACGUGCUGCAGUUGUCGAUUAGCUGAGUUGCAGAAGCAGGUGUCCCUUCUGCAGACGCAGCUGGCACAGGAACGAAAAUACAAGCAGGACUAUCCUGAGUGCUGUGCAAAGACCAGCCAGGAGCUGUCAGACCUUCACCACGAGCUGUCUUACUCCUUAGCAGCUGUGGUCAGGGAGCCCAAAGCUGCUGUUUUGGAAGCAGAGACUGGGAAGCUGGGUCAGCCUCUGAACCUUCUUUUCCUGUAGAGGAACAGCUGCUGCAUCACAGGGUUCCUGUCCUGUGCCCUUCCCAGGAACGAAUUCUGUUUUGCUGCGGGAAAUGGGGGUGCAUUUGUUCUGUUUGCAUCUGGAAGCAUCUCCUAGUGACAGUGGUUUUAAAUGCGUUUUGGUUUUUUUAAUAAAGGCAAUUUUGCAGGA